AUGGACUCCGCUUUCUCCCACCCUCUCGCUGAGCAUUACUGUCCCUACAGUGUGGUGUCACCCACUGCUGGUCACUCUCUGAAGCGUGCUCACACACAGUUCACCCCGGCACAUCUCCGCCACACACUCCCACUGCUCAUCUACCCACACACCACGGAGCCCCGCCUCUAUAAUGCCUCCUAUCCUGGUGCUGCUACGCCACUUGUGCCGUAUCUCGGGCCAUUCCACGGGCACUUUGGCAUGUACGAGUGUGCGCUUGAGCCUGCCUUUAUUCAGAAACGUAAUGAAAGAGAGCGGCAGCGGGUGAAAUGCGUCAAUCAGGGCUACGCCAAACUGCGCGAGCACCUGCCAGGGGCCGAUGCCGACAAGCGCAUGAGCAAAGUGGAGACGCUGCGAGCAGCCAUCCGCUACAUCAAGCAUCUACAGCAGCUCGUGGAGGAGCGUGAGGUUCCGGUGGAGGACAUGCACACCAAGGAAGAAGACAGUCCAUGCGAGCGCUCCAUCACCUCCUCUCAUGUGCACCACUGUGGUGCAUCUCUAGACUCUUCUGGAACCUGA